GUGCCCCGCAAACAUCAUUCUUAAUGGAGAAAUGUUGAAAUGUUUCCUCUAAGAAGGGGAAAGGAGAGGCCUUCUAUUUCCCAUUUCUAGCCAACAAAUGCUAAUGUUUUGGAGAAAGACAGUGAUGUAUUGCAAGCUUUUCAGGGCGUUUAUCCUAUGGGAUGGGGGAGAAUAGGAAACAGAAAGCAACAAAGAAGCAAUCAGAGCCAUGAAGAGUCUCUCUUUCGCCUCGCUCAUCCCUUUUCUCUUUCUGAGGAUCAGAACCAGAGUGGAAGCAACAGUCUUUAGAAUCACCAAUCGGAUGAUGUUGAUCAUUCAACUUUAGACCAAGAAGAGGCUUUGGAACAUCAUCUCCUGGAACAACCCUGUCAAUUCACCAGAAAAGAAUGUCUGGUCCAGACAAAGUGAAGGAGUUGCCCAAGAUCCUACUGCCACUUUGUUGCCAUUUUCCUCUCCGGUCCCUAAUGUGAGUCCCUUAGGUCCACUGCCAGCGGCUCCAGGUGCACCAGCGACCCUGCCCUGGUGUGAAGAAUCACCCAUGGAGAGGACAGGCCACAUCAGCACCCAUAGCAUGUCCGGUGGCCCACCUUUUGCUCUGCUGACAUCACAAGCAGCAUGCUGGGGCUGGUCACGCUUGAAUUGUGAUGUCAGGGAACAAAACUAGGGGCAGCCUUCGAGGAGGGGGGCCAACUUGAUAGGGAGAUCAAAACACAGCAGCCGAAGGGAAAGGGCAGCCAAGCCUGUAGCCCUCCCUGACAUGCAGAAAGUCUCACGUAAGUACUUGGGCUUCCUGCCUUUCUUCUGAAGGGCCAAAGAAGUGGCUCCUUUCCUUUCCGUUGAUGUGAUUUCCUUCUGCCCACCCUCUUGCUCGUCCAAGAAGCUGUUUCUAUGAGAAGGACUAGUGUACCCCUCCAAGGCCCCUCGGCUCCUGCCGUGGCUUCUUCGUGGCUUUGCUCUAUCUUCUCAGGGCCAGUCCAGGACCACAAGCCAGCCCCGCAGCCACCGGCCCAGCCCUCAAGCCCUUCCCACGCUCAGCUCCUGAUGAGUAACAGCAGUCUCCUCACGUUUGAGGACCAAGUCCUCUGUCCCAUCUGCCUGGAGGUGUUCCGCAACCCGGUCACCACCACCUGCGGGCACAACUUCUGCAUGGCCUGCCUCCAAGGUUUCUGGGACCACCUGGCUGCCGUGGGCGAGACACUGUACUGCCCCCAGUGCCGGGAGAGCUUCCCCUCCAGACCGCGCCUCUGCAAGAACGGCAUCCUGGAGGAGAUGGUGACCUGCUUGGCCCAGGUCAAGGGCCAGACCUUGGGGUCCUCACGGCCCCUGGCCGGGCCCAGGGACGUGCCCUGCGACUUCUGUUCCGCCCAGAAGCUCAAGUCAGUCAAGUCGUGUCUGCAGUGCAUGGCCUCCCUGUGCGAGAAGCACCUGAGCAGCCACUUCGAGGACCAGAUGUUCCAGGACCACGAGCUGCUGGAGCCCGUGUGGGAUCUCAAGAGCCGCCUGUGCCGGAAGCAUCGCAAACUGCGGCGGCUGUACUGCCGCACGGAAGGCAGCUGCGUGUGCGGAGCCUGUCUGCUGGAGGAACACAAGAACCACGACACCAUCCCCCUGGAGGAGGAACGUGCCAGGAAGGAGGUGGAGGUUCGGAAGGUCCAGGCCAGCGUGGAAAACCAGAUGCUGAUCAUCAACUCUGACAGCCAGAGGCACCGGGGGCAGGUGGCCUUUCUCUCGAAAUUGAUCCAGACAACACGCGAUGAGGUGAACGCCUGCUUCUCAGAGAUCAUCCAGGAGGUCAAACAGCUGCAGAUGAAGGUCUUGGAUUUUGUCGAGAAAGAGGAGGCAGCCGCUCUGGGGAAGCUGGGCAGCUCCAUCCAGCAGAGCCACAGCCGGCUCCUGAAGCUGGAGGGGGACAGCAUCUGGCUCCGCGCCCUGCUCGCCAACAGGAGCGACCAGCAAUUCCUGCAGGAGUUCCCCAGACUGAAGCACUUUCCCGCCUGCUCGGAAGCCCUGAUGAGCACCAACUGCGAGGAGAAGCAGAGCUUUCUCCAGUUGCCGGAGACCCUGGCGGAGCUCCGGACACGGCUGCUGGACGUGGGUCUCAGCUUCAUCCAUCAGCUCCUCCUGAAGGGUGACGCAGCCUCCUGGAAGCCCAUGCCCCUCUCUGAAAGGACACUGGGCUGUAAGAGUGUCCUCAGCAAAGCUCCUCAAUCUCCUCCAGGCAUUAAGAUGAACUCCUAUGAGUUGCUGCCCUCAGCUGUGGACAGGAAAACACUUCUCAAGUGUUACUGCAACCUGAACUUCGACCCCACCACGGCCAGCGAGGAACUGUUCCUGUUCAAGGAGACCCACUCGGUGCUGAACCUGGGCAUCCUUCUGGAGCCCUUCGCCGCGGGCGGCCCCUUCCCCGGCUUCAAGCAGUGGCCGCAGGUGCUGUGCUCGCGCGGCCUGUCCGAGGGCCGCCACUACUGGGAAGCCGAGGUGUCCAACUCGUGGGUGUGCCUGGGCCUCACCUACCGCCGCAGCCCCCCGCUCGGCGGCCGCCCGCGCCGCAACAUCGUCUACCUGCUGGGCCGCAACCCGUACUCGUGGUGCCUGGAGUGGGACUCGCUCAAGUUCUCCGUGUGGCACAACAACACGCAGACGGUGCUGCACGGCGGUUACCACCGCACGCUCGGCGUGGCGCUCGACUGCGGCACCGGCUGCCUCUCCUUCUACGGCGUGGCGGGCGGCGUGAGCCUGCUUUACCGCUUCCUCGUCUCCUUCCUGGAGCCGCUCUACCCCGCGGUCAUGGUCAGCAGCGGCGCCUCGGUCACGCUCAAGCAGCGCCCCGAGGCGGAGGCGUAGGCGGCAGCCAAUAAAGCUGGACUCUA